AUGAACAACAUCAAAUCAAUAACUUCGGGACAUCUUCUGCAAAUAAAAUCUAAAACCGAAGAUCAUUUUCAUAAUAUAACCUCGGUCAGAUCACAGAUCCGAGAAAUUCAUCCUAAUGAAGCUGCCAAUGAUGUAGAGCUUUUGGCCCAGAUCGGGUAUAAACAAGAGCUUCGUCGUCAUUACAGUACACUACAAGUGUUUGGUAUUGCAUUCUCGAUUAUGGGUUUGUUACCAAGUAUUUCGUCAACCAUUGCUAUUGGUCUUGAGGCUGGUCCUGCUGGGUUAGUUUGGGGUUGGUUCUUGGCUAGUAUAUUCAUCUUCUGUACUGGUGUGUCCAUGGCUUUCUUAGGUAGUGCCAUUCCAACUAGUGGUGGGUUAUAUUAUUACACCAACUAUUAUGCUCCAGAUGCCAUUCGUGUCCCAUUAAGUUUCUUGAUUGGGUGUUCUAACUCCAUUGGGUUGAUCGGUGGGUUAUGUAGUAUCAGUUAUGGGUUUGCCGUGGAAGUUUUAUCUGCUGUUUUCAUUCAAUAUGACGGUAAUUUCGAAAUCACUGAUGGGAAGUGUUAUGGUAUUUUUGCUGCUUGUAUUGUUUCCAAUGUUAUCAUUUCGUGUUUAACUACCAAGUAUGCUGCUUCCUGGCAAACUGCAUCUAUUAUAAUUAACUCCUUCCUUGUGAUUUUAUUCUUGAUUGCUGUUCCUGCUGGGAAGAAGCAUGAUUUCAAUUCUGCUGAAUUUAUUUUCACAAAUUUCGAGAAUGCUAGAUCUUGGGGAACUCCUUGGUCAUUUGCCUUAAGUUGGAUGCCAGCAAUUUGGACCAUUGGUGCUUUUGAUUCCGCUAUUCAUUGUAGUGAAGAAGCCAAAAAUGCUCAAAAGUCAAUUCCAUGGGGUAUCUUAGGUUCUAUUGGUGCUUGUUGGAUCUUCGGAUGGUUUAUUGUAAUUGUUUGUGCUGCCUGUAUUAAAGAUGGUGACACUGCUAGAGUUCUUACUUCAGACACUGGUAACCCAAUGGCACAAAUCAUUUAUGAUUCAUUAGGAAAGAAAUGGGCUGUUGCGUUCAUGGCUAUGAUUGCUGUUGGUCAAUAUAUGAUGUCUGUUUCUAUUUUGAUUGCUGCUUCUAGACAAAUUUGGUCAUUUGCUAGAGAUGAUGGAUUGCCAAUUAUCUACAACUUUGUUAAAUACGUUAACCCAAAGAUUCAAGUUCCAGUCAGAGCAACCAUUUUUGGUGGUGCAAUGGCAUUGAUUAUGGGUUUACUUGUGUUGAUUGGUCCUGCUGGUGCCAAUGCCUUAUUCUCAUUGGCUGUUGCUUCUAAUUUGUUAGCUUGGGGUAUGCCAGUGUUAUUAGUAUUGCUCCCAAUGGGUCGUGCUAGAUUCAUAUCAGGGCCAUUCUACUUCGGUAAGGUAUUAAGUAACAUUAUUAACUUUGUCACUGUUUGUUGGGUUGGUUAUGUUAUUGUAUUAUGUAUGUUCCCAGAUUCAAAGAGUGUUGAUAAGGAAAGUAUGAAUUAUACUGUGGUUAUUAAUGGUGGUUUGUGGGUUUUGUCUUUGAUUUACUUUUACGUUUGGGGCUACAGAAGUUACACUGGUCCAAUUUCUAAUCUUGAUGAACAAUACAUAGAAGGAUCAAGUGUUGAUGGAUUGGAUGAAGUUUUGGCUGAGAAGGCUUAA